CCAUGUGAGAAAGCACGAGAGAAAAUAUGAUAUAUUGAUAUUGUGUGUGAUGCAAUACAAGAGGUGCUAUUUAUAGCUACUCUAUACAAAGAGGAUACUACUCAUAUUCCAAUGUGGGACAAUUACAUAGCUAUCUCUAACAUUUACAUAGCUAUCUCUAACAAGAAUAUGAAGUAUGAUGAUAUGUCCCUUAGAAGAACUUUUAUGGGAAUGAUGAGUGAUUUGUGAGAUUGUGUAAAUUGUUACCUUAUUUUGUUUAUCAUGUACCAUCCUUUAUAUUAUUAGAUGCCUUUGCCAUGGAGGUCCAAACAUUGUUGAGGGGAAUCUUCUAGAGUCGUCUCAAUUGACAAGGGUCCCUCUUACGUCUGCCAUACCCCUGUUUUCAUGUAUUAUAUUCUACAACAUGUACUCCUGCACUAAUUGUUGAACCUGCGCGUUCUUGCAAGCCACUGAGUCUUGUUAAAACUUAAACCUAGAGCGCCAGGAAAUGAUAAGUGAGGUAUGAUGAAUUAACAGAGUUGUACUUAUUUUAUUAAGCCUGUUCGAGUGAAUAAUAAGUGUUUGAAUUAGAUAUAAUCCAAGUGUUUCUUAUCUUCUUGGGAAGUGGCAAUCUCUUUAUUUGAGAUAGGGGUUGGAGGAGGGGUUAAUUUAGGACCUCUAAGAUGAUAAUUGAGCCUUUAGCUUGGAACCUACCUUUUGAGUGCUUCUGCAUUGAACGUUAUGUUAAAUUGGAUUGGAACUAGUAGCUAAUUUUUCAGUUGUUGCACAAAUCCUAAUGGUAGAUUUAUACUAGUAAUUUCAGGAACUUUCUGACUUCAAUUUAUCUGUAUCAUUUAGGAGGAGCCUUGACUUUCUGGUUUCAUAUGAAUUCCAUAGUACUGCGGGAGAGCCUUAACUUGAAUGUUAUUCACUUUCUACUUCUCAGAAUCAGUAAUAGUGCAAUUGACUGGUUAUAUUUCCUUCGCAGAGGAUCUUAAUAAUCAAGCGUCUAUAGCUUUUGGGAGAACAACUCGAACAAGUGCCUUUCACAUUCUGUGUGUCUUAACUCAGAUUGCUCAAUAAGCCAGCCAUAUUUACUACACUGCCAAAAUGUCAAUCUCUGUACAUGGUCAACAUAUGCAGCACACGAACACUAGGCCAUUAAUCCUAACAUGUACAGUUAUGGACUUGUUAUGAGGUUCCUGUAUUAGUUACUACCCUGAAUGAACAUUCAGAAGUGAUGAUCAAUGGUCGCAAAUAUUUAACAUUUUUGCUGAGUCAAGCUAGUGAAAGCUCAUGCUUGGUCAGUUCCUUAGUUUCUAGAUACCUUUGGUGCUUGAAGCCUCAACCUUCUAGUGGAUCCUAUUGUUGAGGUGAGCCGCCGCAUUAUUCGUGGAGGCUGCCGUUUCAGCUCUACCUAUCUUAUAUCUAUUAUUUCUUUCGGGUUUGCAUGCCCGUCACUUAAACUUCUAUUACUCCGUUAGAUGCUCCACGGUCUUAGUAUGGAAUCUGGAUUAGAGACUUAUUAUUUGAGUGUUCUUUAGAUUUAUAAAUAAAUUAUGAUUUUAGUCGAAUAAUUAUUUCCUAUUUCUCUCGGUGCUUAUAUAAAAGGUUAAGAGUACAGGAAUUGGUUCGCCUGGCGAGUGGUAUUAGUUGGGUGCCAGUCACGUCUUGGGGAUAGUUUGGGAUGUGACAUUGACUUCCUAUAUUAUUUUUCUUGAGGAGGAAACAAUCAAUUUUAUUAAUGACAAAGACCAAGUCCAAGAUAAUGCUAGGAUGAUAAAGAAGAUAUGAGUGCUUUCCCGAGCCGAGGGUCUCUCCGAAUCAGCCUCUCUACUUGCACAAGGUGGUAAGGUCUGCGUACUCACUACCCUCCCCAAACCUCACUUGUGGGAAUGGGGUAUGUCGCUGUCGUUGUUGAUAAAGAAGAUAUACCAAUGUCAUCCCCUGUCUAUUCUUGUAAAGAUGAUAGGAAUUGUAUCUAUGUAUGUGUUCCAUAUUCUAGAUAUUCUUGUAGCUAAUUGACUUUCUAUGUCAUUUGGUUAUUCUAUGAUUGAGCUUAAAGUGUAAUAAAAUGUAUGGACCAACUUUUCUGCAUAUUUUCCCAUUAGAUUUCUGCAUAUUCAUAUGAUGGCUAACAUUAAGCUUAUCCAGAAAAUCAAAAAAGAAAAAAACAAGCUCAGCAUUCUGUUGACCUUCUCUAUCUGUGAACUGAUUUAAGAAUUUUACACGGGUUUGGGAAACAGAGAAAUAAUCAGAUUUUUUUGAAAAAUAAAAAAUAAAAAAUAAAUCUGAUUAUUUCUCUGUUUACCAGAUUCCCACUGAAUCCUUGAUUGUUACUCAUGUCUUGGCCUUUAAUGACUUGUAUCCUCUUCUACAAAGGUGGCAUAAUUGAGACACAUUAGAAUGAUAGUUUGGACUAGUUUUGUUCAUCCAGAUCCUUAACUGGUUUGUGCAUAUGCUCUCUCACUUUGCUCAAUAACUUUUCUUUUAUCACUGUAUGUUUAAAUUCUUGCCACACUUUGACAUCGUUUUUUUAAUGUAGUUUGACAUCAUUAAUUAUAAUAUUAUGUUCUUUUAUCUAAUAUGGAUGGAGACUUGUUAAUUCUCAAGAUGCUGCGAGAAUGUGUAAACAAAAUUUAGAAGAGCUAGAAAUUUUAUUUGUUAUGCCUUUUAAUUUCUGGGAUAGGACAAGAAUUGAUGGAUGAGGAAGAAUACAAAUGCGGUGGACAUCUCCCAACAGUAAUAAGUUUUUAUGUUACACUAUAUCCUGUCAGGCAGUUUAUUGGACUAUAUAAUUCCGUCUAUCCACGGUGUAAACACUGAUAGUAACUGCAUACCUUAUAGCAAUGCCUUUCUGUAAUCCCUUUGCAUGAAUCAUCUUGUUACUUUAUAAUCCAUUUUGGUAAAGCAAGUGUUUGCUAAUAGAUACUGUGGCGUGGUAUCAAUCCCUUUCUAUCAAAAUAACUUUUUUGUUUAGUACCUAGGAGUGUCGCCAAGCGGUUAAUGAAGUGAGCAAAACCAAUGGAGACAAAAGACACUAGGUGAUUUCUUCACAUCUGCCUGAGUCUUGGUGGCCAAGGUCAACCGCUUGUACAGAUGGGAGGUAGCAGGUGUGAAUCUAUCCUUCAGUCUGGCUAUAAUUGUUCAGUACGGAUCGAGAAGAACAAAAGAAAGGGACGAAAUAGACGCAAGAAACCUGGUAUUCCCCAGAAGAACUAUGUUGUCUAUGAGUGCCAUUUCUGCUCACAUCGUAAUCUUAAGAGAGGAACCCCAAGUGGCUAUAUGAAAGACCUAUAUCCUGCCAAAACAACAACUUCAAGAGUAGACCCUACUAAAUCAGCAACCCGAAAGUCUGAACAGUUGGAUACAGUAGUAUCUAGUAUCGAUAAGGCAAGAGUUGACCCUACUGAAUCAGCAACGCAAAAAUCUGAACAGUUGGAUACGUUAGAGGCUAAUAUCGAUGAGACAAGAGUUGACCUUACUGAAUCAGCAACCCAAAAGUCUGAACAGUUGGAUACGUUAGAGGCUAAUAUCGAUGAGACAAGAGUUGACCUUACUGAAUCAGCAACCCAAAAGUCUGAACAGUUUGUUACUUCAGUGGCUAGUACCAAUAGAGAUAAUUAUAAUGCAGAUGUAACGGUUUCAUCUGAAAUAGUUGGAGAUGAUCCUACCGCUAGUCCUGCAACUCCAUUGUCGACAGUAACAGUUACUUCUUUGUUGGAUUCUAAGAGGAAGAAAAGAAACAGAACAGGGUUCAAGAAGAAAGUUGAACCUCAGGUUGGUUCGUCUGCGACAGAUGCUGAGAAAACUGUCUCAAUAUCCAGUAAGCGAAAGAGGAAGUCUUGGACUAGUUUGAAGGAAAUUUCUGAAAAUGAGGGUAGCAGUAGCAGAAAGUUCUCCAACAUAUCUGUACCAUUUGUUCUUUGAUUGUAAUAACUAUAUUACUGUUUCUUGAGAACCCCUUUGGUGUUGAUAUAUUAAAGUUUCAACUCUUCUUUUAAGUUUUAAGUAACCCGAUAUAUCUAUUUUAAUUGA